AUGGUUAUCUUCAUUUUGGCUACGUAUGCGACUGUGUAUCUUAUGUACUUCAAGUUCAAAGCAACCUAUGACCGAAACCACGACACUUUUCGUAUCGAGUUUUUGCUGGUACCCUCAGCAGUGAUGUCGUUGAUAAUCACCCACGAAUAUACGAUAAUGGAGGUGCUGUGGACCUUCAGCAUUUACUUGGAAGCGGUUGCCAUACUUCCCCAAUUGUUCUUGCUGUCGAAAACGGGUGAAGCUGAAACUAUUACCAGCCACUAUUUGUUUGCUUUGGGAUCAUAUCGCGCACUUUACAUAUUAAACUGGAUUUAUCGUUAUUACGUGGAAGAAUUUUUUGAUCCAAUUGCUGUUGUGGCCGGAUGCGUUCAGACCAUACUGUACGCUGACUUCUUCUAUUUAUACGUUACACGAGUUCUGAAAGGAAAGAAGAUUCAACUUCCUGCUUGA